AUGGACGGCGAGGAUCAUGGUGUGAACGAAAAUAACUAUGGUGGAGGACUCUACAACCAAAACCAAUCGUCCACCAACCAGCACGCUUUGAUCGACGCGUGUUGGGUCCGGUCUGCAGGGACGAGUACAACUACUGUAAGUGCCCCCUUUGCUGCGUCAGCAUCUACCGGAUCAUUAGACGAGAGGUUCGAAGCCGAGGGCGGGUUUUUGCGCACGAAGCUCGUCGGAAGCGGAACGUCGUCGACUCAGCACGUCGGGGGAACAGCAGGUCCUUUAGCCAGAACCGGCAUGACAAAUUUCGCCGCGCAGAAUUACGCGAACAAAAACCCGAACAAGGUGUAUCAGGGC